CAGUCACUUUCAACAUGGCGUCGGCGGUUUAAGCUGGAACGUGGACAUUCGUUCUGGUUGGUUGUGCUACCCAUAGGGGAGCCCAUAUCGUGGGGCUUUCUUUAAUUCCACCCCCGAUUCCUUGGGAUAUAUUUUAUAAUUCAACUCCGAUUCCUUUGCCUGGCGCUUGGCCUGAUCCAGAUAAUAGCAAAGACAGAAACGUUCGAGGUCGGUGUUACCUCCCUUCGAGAACUCCGGUUUCAGCCCUCCAGCUGCCUCACCUCCACGUAUAUUUGCAGUUGCAUGCGAAGACUUGUGGAGGAAUAUAAUGUUAGUCUACAGGUUAUUGAAACUUACAGAUUGCCUGUAAAAGAAUACUUUAAAGAAACUGAUGACAAAUAAAUGUGUCUGAGGAUUUGGUUGAGGCUUACCUUGCUUUCAUAUAGGAAUGAAGCAACUUUAACUGCAAUUUCAGUGAGAAAUCAAUCUUUCAACAAAAGCAUGGAGGGUAAUCAGAAUCAAGACAUGGCAACAGAUAGCUGUAAUCUAGAGCAAAAUAUGGCUCAAUCACCUACAGUGAGUACAAGUGGUGACAAUGAGUCAACAGAAAAUGGUGAGAAAAUAAUCACAGAAGGAAAAGCAAAAGUGAUUUUUCCAAAUGCCAAUGAAGUGUUCUAUAACCCUGUCCAAGAAUUCAACAGAGACCUUACGUGUGCAGUUAUUACUGAAUUUGCUCGUCUGCAGCUUGCAUCCAAAGGAAUUAGGCUUGCAGUUCCUGGGGAGGAAAAUACCUCUAAAGUGAUUGUUGAUCUUUCUGAAACGGGAAAAGAUAACUUGGAACAACUGAAUUAUAGAGAUACUACAGAUGAGGAGACUACUACAGUUGCAGAAGUGGAAGAAGUAUGCCAGGAGGGACUCCAAAUCCUGGAAGCUCUGGCUGCUUCUGGACUGCGUUCCAUCCGGUUUGCAAAGGAAGUGCCUGGCAUUCACAGUGUGGUAGCUAAUGAUAAUUCCUCUAAGGCUGUUGAGUUUAUCACCCAAAACAUUAAGCUCAAUGGCGUGGAACACUUGGUGACUCCAAGCUUGUCAGAUGCUCGGAUGCUGCUAUAUUGCAAAAAGGCAGCUAAAGAAUUCUUUGAUGUUAUUGACCUGGAUCCGUAUGGCAGCCCUUCUGGUUUCUUGGAUGCCGUGGUGCAGUGCGUGAGGGAUGGAGGUCUGCUGUGUGUUACAUGCACUGACAUGGCUGUAUUGGCUGGGAAAUUGGGCGAAACAUGUUACAGCAAAUAUGGAGGGGUGUCAAUCGGCACCACCUGCUGUCAUGAGAUGGCCCUACGAAUUAUCCUGCACAGCCUAGAUCUUCGUGCCAACUGCUACCAGCGCUAUAUUGUUCCCCUGUUGUCUGUCAGUGUGGACUUUUACAUCCGUGUGUUUGUUCGAGUCUUCAGUGGACCAUCCAAGGUCAAAGCUUCUGCUAGCAAACAGGCCUUGGUUUAUAACUGUGUGGGCUGUGGAUCAUUUCAUAUCCAGAGACUUGGCAAGAUGGUCAGCGAUGGGAAAAAUUUCAACUAUAAGGCUGCUUGUGGCCCCCCUGUAGGUCCAUCCUGUGAACAUUGCCAUCAGCACCACCAGCUGGCUGGCCCCAUGUGGGCAGCACCGCUUCAUGAUUUGGGUUUUGUCCAGCGAGUUUUGUCAGCAGUUGAGAGUAACCCAGGGCGCUUUCAGACAAAUCAACGGCUACAGGGCAUCCUGAGCAUGGUGAUGGAGGAACUACCUGAUGUCCCUCUCUAUUAUACCCUUGAUAAACUCAGUAAAACGAUCCACUCUAACAGUCCUUCACUACUACAGUUCAGAUCAGCUCUCCUUCACGCUGGCUACCAAGUGUCGCUUUCUCAUGCCUGUAAGAAUGCUAUCAAAACAGAUGCACCAUCAUCUGUGCUUUGGGACAUUAUGCGCUGCUGGGAGCGGCUCAACCCUGUGAAACGAGAGCGUCUUUCAGAGCACAGCCCGGCUGCUCACAUCCUUUCCAUGGAACCCAAGUUGCAGGCAUCCUUUACCGUCCGAGCAGAUGCUAAUCCUAAAUCACGAAAACAGAAACUCCGGCGGUUCCAGAUGAAUCCAGAGCCCUUCUGGGGGCCCAAAGCAAGAGCAAAAGCCGGGGGUGGGAUUUCCUCUUGUCUGCAGGAAAAGAGAAAGUUACAUCAGAACAAGAGGAAAGUGUGUGCAGAAGGGAAUGACGAUUCUCACCUAAAAAACUUUCCAUGCAAAAGGUUCCGACAGGGUGACUGUACCUUAGGGGACAAAUGCUGCUACUCUCACGAGACACAGAAAGAGUGAAGCACCAUAACAGUAGUGCGGACAUGAGUCCUGAAUGCCUGGUGGGAUUUUUAUUUUUGCAUUUAUAGGCAAUCUUUAUAUUUUAAUGACUGUCAAAAUGUGCAUGCAAAUUAAAUACCAUUCUCUUUUGAUGA